GAAGAAAGUGAGCUGCAGACUGAAGCACGGUGGUGAUGAACAUUUGGGAGAAGAUGAUCUGCAGGACCCUGCUGCUUGUCAUCCUCACCUCAUGUGUCUCUGGAUCAUUUGUAGUCAAUGUGACACAGACCUCCUAUCAGGCAGAGGAGAACCACAACAUCACACUGGAAUGGACGUUCACAACCCAACCUGACAGAUCCCCCAAAACUCUCAACAUCCUCUGUGAAUUGAUAACUGAGCAUACAGAUUCAGUCCUGUAUCGUGUUCGUGAAGGUGUUGAGGUGUCAGAGUCUCAGGAUGAAAAGUUUUCAGGACGUGUUGAGAGUGACAAAGACGCCCUCAGAGAAGGACGAAUCAGACUUCAACUGUUUAGACUCAGGACUGAUGACUCGGGUCUGUACCUGUGUGAACUGAACACAGAUUAUGGCUUUGGCUCUGCCAGAUGUCGACUCAGCAUCACUGCUACGGAUGACCCCAAACGUCAAAGUCCAACAGUGAACACACAACCAGAGAGUCGAGGAUGGCUCAACCUGUAUCCUUUACUGAUACUGCCAGCAGCAGCUUUACUGAUCAAACUCUGUUAUAAAAUCAUAAAACGAAAACAUAACCUAAAUCUAAACAGUCACCACCUAGGCAGCGACUGCAGUGAAGCAGUGGUCAACUUGAAUAAUUCAGAUGCCACUCAUCUUGCUGCUUCAUUAGAAGCCACAUCCACCAUCUUCAUCUGAGUGUGGACAUGACUUCCCUGAACCCCAAAGAUUGUCAUGUUAACAGCUAGGUCUGCAGUGGAAGCUUUGUGGAAGCAUCAACCUCAGUCUGAACUGAGAAACACUGUCUGCAGUCUGCAGCCAUCAUCACAAACACUGAUGGAAACAUUUAAAGCUCGUAUCACACAUAUCAUUAAUAACAUUUCUUUCCUCUUUUGGUUCUAUCAUUUGUCUCUGUCAGAUAUUGUCUGAGGAAUCUUUAUUAUUUGGCCAUUAAGUAUGCAGAGCGAUUGAAAUCACUUGUUGUUCUCCCAUCAGCUGUUAUCAACAAUUACUGUUUAAAAUGUGCCUGAACUCAAGAAGUUAAAAGAAUUCAAAGUGUUACAUUGAACUCCUAAUAAUUUGACUAUGGAUCGCCAUAGUUAGAAUGUACUUUUCCUAAAGUUAAUGUGUAUGUGUAUAUAUUGUAAACAAAUCCUUAUUUAUAUGAAAGAAGUUAUGAUUCUUCUGUG